AAGACUUUCAUUCCUCAAUGGCUAUGUCCAGCAAGCACUAGAGAAAGGUGCUCAGCCCUAUAUUCCUGAGAAUGAGCGCUCUGGAAUGUUAAAUAUCAGCAACUUCAGUACCCAAGAUCAGCAUGAAGCUUUAACCCAUGGUCUUAGGUUUGAGGCAUAUGAGCUUCCAAAGCCAGCAGUGCCAUCCAGAAUUCCUCCAGCUGCAGUUGCAUCCUCAACCGAGCUUGUUCCAGUUCCUGAACCAUCUUAUGUUAGGGAGAUCCGCCAGCCUGCAUCAUUGCCACCUGUUUCAGAUGCAGGAUCUUCGGAACUUAAGUUACGACUAGAUGGUGUUCAAAGAAAAUGGGGUAGGCCAACGUAUUCCUCUCCAGCAUUGUCAAUCUCAAAUUCCUCUAGUUCUAGUUCCCAGAAAUCAGCGAAUGGGGUCACACAAAUAGAUAGCGUGAGCACUUCAAAUUCAAAAGCACGUGAUACUUAUGAGUCAAGGAGGCCUCAGGUUGAAAUUUCUCCAGAAAAGCAGAAGCUUGCCAGUUCACUGUUUGGGGGAUCAUCAAAAACCGAGAGGAGGCCAUCUUCUGCCAACCAUAAGGUGUCUAAGGCGAAUAUCCAUGCUUCAGAGAAGCCCCAGGUACCAAAGGCAGCAGCUGUACACACUGAAGUUAAUCAUGAACGUGCUCCAGACUUGCUCGAUUUGGGUGACUCAACUAGUAGUACUGCUUCCACUGUAGAUCCCUUCAAGCAGUUAGAAGGGCUUCUUGAUCAAACUGAAGUUGCAUUAACUGCAAAUCAUGGUGCAGCUGGUGCUGCUAAGACACCUGAUAUUAUGGGAUUAUAUACAGAUACAUCUCUCAGCGGGCUUAGUAGCAGUGUUGGCGACCCUUUGCCGACCAAUAGGGAUGAGUUUAAUCUUGCAUCUGAGUUAUCAAAUGCUACAAGAACUGCUCAAAGUGGGGUAACACAAUUGAAUAAGGGUCCUAACCCUAAAGAUUCCUUGGAAAAGGAUGCACUUGUAAGGCAGAUGGGUGUGACCCCAACAAGUCAGAAUCCCAACUUGUUUAAAGAUUUGCUUGGCUAAAACUGUUCAGAAUGGCAAACUUUCGAUCGUGAUUGUUCGAGAUUGUUUGCUUUGUGGUAUGUGCAUGGUCUUUCAGUGUGGCUGGCUAUAUGAUAGAAAAUACAACUCAAUUCAAACAAGUUUCAAGGCCACCAUGCAGAGCUGUAAAGGCACCAUACACCAAGAAUGGUGGCAAAAAUGAGGUAUAGGCUUUUGUAUUUGUUGGACAGUGGCUUAUGUAGGAAUAUAACCAAGUUGGUGACGCUUGAAUAUGUUGGUUUGAGCCAUUUCAAUGCGGAGCUUUUUCUUUGUGGCAAUGUGGGCGGUUUUGCAGCGCUCCACGGACACAUGGUUUUGCCUUGCAUAUUUGUCUACAUUUACACUGCUGUGUGCCUCUCUCGUUAUAAUACGGCUGUAUGAAGUGAAUUUUUGUUUUUGUGUUGUAGGGACAUUUAUUCAUGUUUGUUGUAAGUUUUACUUGGUGUCGGUUCACAUUGUAAGUUGUAGUUAUCUUUUUGACUAUGAGAUGCCCCUUGUUAUUUUUGGUGGCUAAAAUUGGACAUUUGACAUCUCCAGUAGCUAUCCGGUCAUGCAAUGACAAUGCGCUUUCGUGAACAAAGAAGUUAUAUAA